AAAGAAAGGUUACUCGUUUUCAGCUUCCCCUUUUUAUUUCUUACUUAUUAGAUGUGUCAUUUUGAGCUAGAUUAGGUGUUCCAUGGAGAAAUAUUCACUGCUGAAAAUAAUUGGAGAAGGCUCAUUUGGUCGUGCUUUACUUGUGCAGUGCAAAAACAGUGAGCAGAAAUAUGUUCUCAAGGAGAUCCAGUUGCCUCAGAAUUCCAAAUCGGAGAAUAGCAGGAGAGAGGCUGUGCUGCUGUCGAAAAUGAGACACACUAAUAUUGUUGCCUUCAGGGAGUCAUUCGAAGACGGUAACCUUCUAUGUAUUGUCAUGGAGUACUGUGGUGGUGGAGAUCUGCUUCAGAGGAUACAGAAGCAGCAAAAAGAACAGUUCUCAGUCGAUGAUAUUUUACGGUGGUUCGCUCAAAUGUGUGCGGGUGCCAACCAUAUUCACGAUAAGAGAGUUUUACACAGGGACCUAAAAUCAAAGAAUAUUUUCCUAACAGAAAAUGGGACAAUCAAACUUGGAGAUUUUGGCUCAGCGUGUGUUCUGAACAACUCCAAAGCCUUUGCUCAGACGUAUGUUGGCACACCGUACUAUGUUGCUCCUGAAAUCUGGGACAAUCAGCCUUAUAACAACAAGAGUGAUGUGUGGUCCUUGGGCUGUGUUCUGUACGAGCUCUGCACCCUCCGACACCCGUUCCAGGCGCCCAGCUGGAAGAGGCUGAUUCUGAAGGUUUGCCGGGGCACGUACCCUCCCCUCCCCAGACACCUGCCCUACGAAGUGCACUAUCUGCUCAAGCACAUGUUCAAGACCAACCCCAAAGACAGGCCCUCGCUGCACACUAUCCUCACCUCGCACAGAGCCUCCAAACUACUGCGACAACACCUGAGCCCAGAGGCUUUGGAGAGCGCGGGGCAGGAGAGACAGGGGAGGCAGGGCCGGCAGGGGAGGCAGGGGAGGCAGGGGCGGCAGGAGAGACAGGAGAGACAGGAGAGACAGGAGAGACGUGCUCAGAGAUGGAACCCAGAGGAGGGGGAGAAGGUGACCAAGCUCAUGGAAGAGAAGAGCUUAAUACAUUCAGCAACAUCAGAAGGCGUGGAGUGGUCACAGAGUGAGAGUGUGGAAGCCCCCCAGAGGAAACAGUGGACCCCCUCAGACACAGUGCUGCAGAAGAUGGCCAACGUGAGCCUCAUGUCUGCAGACACUGUGAGCUCGAGCAGAACAGAGGAGGAACACGAGGAGUCAGAGGAGAACAGGCAGAGGAGGAGAUGGAGUAGAGAGCCACCACAGAGACUGCUCAGUGUGCUGGAGAAGGCCCCACUGCACAGAGCCUUCAGCACAUUCAUCAUACACACAGCAGGCGCUGACCCCUUGACAGGACCCCUGUCUGACCAGCAGGGGGAUCACCCUGACGGGCUCAUGCAGGAGGACACGGACGAGGAGCGUCUACAGCCACGCUCUGACGACGACGACACGGACUUCGAGGAGGACUCUCCGUGUGACUGGAUGGACGAGCUGGAGAAGAUGUUUCCUCUGCAGUAAAUCUGUUUACAUCAAGAGCCAUUAAUGUCCUGUUUACAUUUCCAAUAGAACUCCUACAAGUGGGUUUGAUGCCGAGACAGGUUCAAUUAUGUAAUAACUUUCAUAAUUUAUUUUUUGGAGGUUGUAUAAGACACUCGAGAUGAUUAUGUCUAAAUCCAUGUUCUCUUAGUUGCCAAGAAUGUAUUAUUAUGGUCUUUAAUAUUUAUUUGGAAGCAUUUUUUCAGUGUUUCCUACUGAUAACCAGUGCUAAAACGGGUAAACUGAGCCAAAUAUUUCACUAAACUGCUGUACAUCUGUCACCAUAAGAGUCAGUUACACCUGCAAGCAGCAAUGAAGGGCCUUUAACCCAACUACACCUGUUGUUUGGUUGUGUACAUUAACCUGGAACAUGUGGGAAUACUAAUACAUUAUAAAAUGCAGAAUUUCUAGUCUUAAAUUAUAAACAGUUGAGCUUUAAAAUCAUUUAUUUAGAUUUGUGGAAUAAUUCACUAAUAUUCAUAAAAAUGCAUUAAAUAAGAAGUUUAAGUCAGUGGUCCCCAACCUUUUUUGCCCGAUGGACCGGUUUUAUAUCAGACAAUAUUUCACAGACCAGAGGGGUUUGGGGAGGGGGCGAAUGGGAGAAGGCGUAGUCCGGCAGCAUGGUUAAGUCCUGGCUAAAUCUUGUUUUAGUCCUAGGUUUAGACCUGUUUUUAAACCUGUUUUUAGAUCUGUUUUUAGACCUGGUUUAGACCUGGUUUAGUCCUGGUUUAGUCCUGGUUUAGUCCUGGUUUAGUUCUGGUUUAAUCCUGGUUUAGUCCUGGUUUAGUUCUGGUUUAGUUCUGGUUUA